AUGGACAUUCCUCUUAGAUAUAAUACUACUCAGACUGGAACAGUUUGCAAGUUACGAAAAGCAUUGUAUAGAUUGAAACAGUCACCACGUGCAUGGUUUGAACGGUUCACCAUGACAAUGAAAAACAAUGGUUUCAAACAGGGCAACUCAGAUCAUACUCUGUUCUUGAAACAUCGGAAAAGGAUGGAAAUAUCACAACUACAAGACUAUUUGGCUACUGAGUUUGAGAUGAAGGAUCUAGGUGGACUCAAGAAAUAUGUCUUGGACUUGUUGACAGACACAGGAAUGCUAGAUUGCAAACCUGUGGACACUCCUAUUGUCCAGAAUCAUCAUCUUGGAGAAUAUCCAGAUCAAGUUCCAACAAAUAAAGAAAGAUACCAAAGAUAUUUGAAGUUUGCACCUGGAAAAAGACUUAUGUUCUCAAAACAUGGUCAUCUAAAUAUUGAUGGUUAUUCAGAUGCAGAUUGGGCAGAAGCCGAGUUCAGAGGCAUGACUAAAGGGAUUUGUGAACUUCCUUGGUUAAGAAAGUUGCUUACUGAACUUGGGUAUAAACCUACAUCCACAAUGAAUCUCUUUUGUGACAACAAGGCUACUAUAGCCAUUGCACAGAAUCCAGUUCAGCAUGAUCGUACUAAACAUGUUGAGGUGGAUUGA